AUGCCUCACAAAGAGAGAUAUUUUGACCGCAUCAAUGAAAAUGACCCUGACUACAUCCGCGAAAGAAACAUGUCUCCUGACCUCAGGCAAGACUUCAACAUGAUGGAACAAAGGAAAAGAGUCACCCAGAUACUGCAGAGUCCUGUGAGUAUAAUUCAGGGGGAUGGGGUUGGGGGGAGAGACAAAACAGUGUUUUCUCAUUUGCAGAGACUUGUAUUGUUAUGUCUUCAUUUUAAAAUAAUGAACAUGGGAGAGAAACUCUUGGACUACAUAAUAGCAAGAAAGAAUAACUCAGGACUGUGUAACAUUUCAUGAAAAUCAUCGAUGGGUGGUUUGUACAGUAUUUGUUUGCACAGUUUUCAUGUGUGAACAAACAGCCCUUUAUGCGGAGUUUGGCUCUCAAACCCCCCCCCCUCCUUUUUUUUUAAUGCUAUGCUUCAUUAACACUGCACAAAAGUAGCUUCCCAGCUACAUGGCAUUUGAUUGCUGCUUAGACACAGGGAAGAAAAGGGAAGUCACUGCCCAGAUACAAACUAUUGGGACAUUUACAUGCAGAUCGGCAUUCCACUCUUAUUUUGAAUUCUGUACUUAAAAGCUGCCUCAAAUACCUCCAUGUGAUUUGGUUUGUUGGAAAAGGUAAACUGUAUUUUACGUAUCAUUACAAUAAUGUUUUAGAACACCAGCAUAGCGUACACUUGUUUGUGAGUUCAGUGCAUCUCAUAAUUGUAGUUAAAACUGUCAAACUUCUUCACGAGUCCAAAGGAGAUUGUAAUUUGUCCAGAAACUAUAACAACCCAGAAUAGAGCUAGUUUUGCUUUUUAUAACCCAUGUCUGUUCAUAAGUCUGUGUGCCAAGGAAACAGGGCCAGUCUACAAGAAAGCAAUGGACAAUCCGUUUAGGCAAUAAACCCAUAUUCAUCAGAUUGCAUCCUAAAUGGACAGUGUGACUCCAUGCUACUGGCUUUUGUGUAAAUAUGUUUAGAAUUGCAAUAUUAAGGUAGCAUCUCUAUGUAGACAAUUUGAAAAUGAAACUUCUGUCCUGAGCUAAAGGAUAGGUGUAGGUGUGUCUGCACCACUUUUAACUUCAGUAUGAAAACGUCUAAAGCUAGUAAUACAAGUUAAUCCUGUACGGAAGAUUGGUGUAGGAUUUAUGCCUGAAUGAUAAUUGAAAGGCAUAUGUUCUGCUUCCUCCAGUUUCUAUAUUAUUCAAACCAACUAUUAGUUGUAAGUUUCUGGCUUUCAUGGCUCCAAAUAAAUUUCUAAAAGGGUGACUUUGCUAUGUGCUCCUCAUUGCAAGUUCCAAAUAAAACAACUAGUGGCUUAAACCUACCAUGGAAUAAUUCUGUAACAGACUCAUCCUGCUCCAAACCUGUAAUUCAGAGGUCUCAGCAUGCUAGGAGAGGCAUUUUUAAAGGCUGUAUACAGCUUAGAAGAGCUCCUAGUGAACAUAAACUGAAGACAAUGCAUACAAAGUUGCUUGUAUAUGGGCUAAUUGGGAAGCUGUGUUUGGUAGGCUGUGUCCUUCAAAGGCAGAAUAGUGGUCCAGGGGAAGGUGGUGAUGUGUGAGUUAGUGCGAAGAGUGGGCACUUACAGUGGGAUUUUAUGGUUUGGACUAUAUCUGAAAUGUAUACACUACCUUUUUUUAGUCAAAUACUUUUUAUUAGAUACUGCAAAGCUAAAGUAAAUGUAUUGUGCUAUUCAGUGAGGACUCUUACAUUUAAUUGGUCGUAGCAAAAUUCUAGAUUUUUUUUAAAAAAGUAGAAUUUGUCUACCUGAAAGAAAAAACAUGGGCACCUACUUCAGAUGUGAUUCUACAUUUUACAUUUUAAGUGUUGCCUUCCUGUGAAACUGUCACAUUCUGUUUUUUUCUGUAUUGCUUUUUUCUACCUUUAUGUGAAAUGUCUGUCAAUACCGUAAAAACAUCAUUCAAGAAUAGUUUCAUGCGACCAAAACUGACCCUAAGCUAAUCCAUAUACAGUGUCAGCCUGGAGUCAAUAUUAUACUUUGUGAAUUCAGUAAACAUAUGGCAUGACCAGUUCUGUCACUGUGGAACAGAAAUCCUGUGUAAGACAUAGCAUAUAUUUGUCAGGUGCUUGCUAAAUAUACAAACAAACAAACAAACAAAUAGGUAGCCCCUAUCUUGAGUCAGCUUCAGUUCUGUAAUGCUACACUAGGAAAUGCAUGCUGUUUAUACAGCUUGUGUGUUACAUAGUUUAUUUCAUGGAGUAUUUCAGUCAUGCUCACUAAAACACAAACUAUCACUACAGCAAGCAACUUGCUCUAAUAGGAUAGUUGUGCUGGUUUUUAAACAAGAGAAGGAACUGUGGUUUUUAUAUUAUACAGUAAAGUAGACCCACAACUCAUGCAGGGGAUCACACCUAAAGCCAAAAUUGUGUAUCAUCAAAACCCAUUGGGUUUAAAGGUGUGUGGGAUUGCCAAACUCAUGUUUCCCAGAACCCCACCUCUUAUCUAUCUAUCUAUCUAUUUAUUUAUUUUUAAUUAUCAUGCACAUAAAGCACACGAGUUAAAUGUCUGCAAAUUGUGGGCUUACUGUACUGUCUACACUGUUGUGUAUAAAUAAGUACCGUAUUUUUUGCUGUAUAGGACGCACUUUUUCCCCUUCAAAAAUGAAGGGGAAAUGUGUGUGCGUCCUAUGGGGCGAAUGCAGGCUUUCGCUGAAGCCUGGAGAGCACACCGACCCAUCUUGCUCUCCAGGCUUCAGGAAGCUGUCCGCAAGCCGUGGGAGAGCUGCCUGCACCCCGAAGCUCUCCCACCUCUUGCGGAGACCUGCUUUGGAGGCUGGCGAUGGGGAGAAGCGCACUUCUCCCCAACGCCAGCCCCACUAGCUCGGGGGACAGCGGGGAGGCGGAGCGCCGCCAUCCCGCUAUUCCCCGACCUGCUUUGGAGGCUGGCGGUGGGGAGAAGCGCACUUCUCCCCAUCGCCAGCCCCACUAGCUGGGGGGACAGCGGGGAGGCGGAGUGCUCUUCCCGCUGUUCCCCGACCUGGUUCUUCCAGCCCCGCACCUGGGGGGGAAAGACAAAUGUUUUUCUUUAUUUCCCCCCAAAAAAACUAGGUGCGUCCUAUGGGGCGAAAAAUACGGUACAUGUAUAAUUAGUAGUAUCUGUGCUACUAAUUUCAAAGGGGCUACUUUACCAGGUGUCCAUAAUAAUGGUACUCGUUGGUUAGUGUCUGUCUUGGGAGGAAUGCACCUUUCAGGGUGAAGUCAAACUGUUGGAAGGUUGCAGGGGCUUCUGGCAUAGCUCCUGAGGGCAGAAUCCACAUAAUUGGAAAACUCGACAGUGAGUGCAUGAGUGACCAGGGCGGUGGAAUCACUGCUUUGUAAUAGGCUUAGCACACUGGUCAGUUGACUACCUAUUGUUUAACAUUGAUCAAAUUUUGUUGAAUAUUCUGUUCUGUCACCUCUUAGGUGGGCCAUUGCCAUUUUAAGAGAACAGGGCAAACAUUUUCUAGAAAAAAUAGCAAUGGUUGAUCCUAGUAUUCUAGAUAAAAGCCAGAGAAAAGAGCCAUUCACAUUAAUAGAAACAGCACCAAACACUGUUAGCAGUUAUUAUUCAUAUUCACACACAAAUAAAUUUUAAUUCUUCACAAUAACGGUAUUAAAAUGCUAUAAGAUAAAAUGUACUUUUAUUAUUCUGACACUUGACCACUGUUUAACAAUAAUUGACAGGUCAAAUGCCGUUUCUGCAGCUGUGAAUAGCAUUGCAUUUUGUUUACCUGGUAUUAUGGGGAAACUGAUGCUGCUUUAGGCAGUGCACAAUGCCAGAAAGCUCUGGGUAAAAAUACAGAACAGGCAUUUGAACCAUCGAGAGAAGUCUUUCUGAAGCACCGAGAGAAUGAUUGCUGUGUGUUGAGGUACUGUUGCAUAGAACUAUUGAGUCAGAGAUAGCAGAAGUAAGCCACAUCAUUGCAUAACUGUAUCAUACGCACAAAUGUAGUAGAGCAGAAAGAGACUUCCCUGGGCGGGACAGAUACUUCUGCCUGGGUCAAUGUGUGAAUAGACAGAUUAAAAACAUUUCGGGGUAAGGUAAGGAAAUGGCAAAUGGUUUACAUCUGUAAGUAGUUAAUGUUCCUGUUAGCUUUUUUCAUGUCAGUUAAGGUCUAUUUGUGUGUGUGUGUGUUGCAUGAAAUAGUGAGUGAAGAACUUUCAGUUAGCUCUAAUUUUAUAUUGGCUAGUGGGAGCUGCUUAUCAGCAGUUUCCAGACAUGCAGAGCUUGAGGCUAGUAUUGCUAAUAUAGUGGUACACUAUUGGCAAGAAUUCACUGGGCUUCCCCCCGCCCCAUGUUCCUAACCUCACCUUCCCCACAUUUAUAAUAGUCUAGCAGCUUUAAUGAUAUUGCAGUGCAGAUAAAUUAAGACCCCAAACCAUUAAUUCCUUCAGCGUUUUCCACUUACCACCCCUUAUUUGUGGUUUCCCCAUAGUUUUAUGUAAUAAUACAGUAUAGCCAGUUAUAGAGACAUUGUGUAAUUUUUAAAAACUAAAUCCAGAUGUAUCACAAUAUCUAAUAUAUAGCUUCAUCCACUGUUGGGGUGCUUUUUUUGGUUGUUGAUGUAUAAAAUUUCUUAUUGGGGAAAAUCUGAUCACCUGGUUGCUGUCAGUUCUGGUUUCCCCAAAGCAUUUUGUAAUUGAGUUAAAUCUAGAGUGAGAGACUAGGGUGAUGUCUGCUGUUUCCAGAAACUAUUAUGUACUAUUAUAAAGAAUAAAAAUAACUUCCUGGCCUUACAUUGCAGCUCUUAGCAUAUGUAUUAUGACACAAUAGCGCUCAGCUCAAAAAGCUUUGUAGAGUGUCCUGCCACAGUCAGCUUCAAAGACAAUCAGACAUUCAGCUGUUCUACACUAUAUGCUCUAAUAUGUAACCAAAUAACAUGUUAAUUAGUAAAAACCAUAGUGAGUUGGAUCCCCCCCCCCACACACACACAACAAGCACCAUGGAAUUUAGCUCAGUUGGGUCAAACAUCCAAUGAGUCUUCCUGUUUGAAAAAGUUGUCUUUCUAAGAAUGGCUUCAGGCAGGAAUGUCCCCAGUAUUUCAUCAGCUGCUGUUAGGUUUGCACUAAUAGUUACCAAUACUUGGUUAAAAUAGUUUUGAAGUAAAUGUGUUGCAUUUCGGAGUGGGACCAUCAAGGCAAGAAGCAAACCUGUGGGGGAGUGGCAUUAGUGGGAGAAGAUGGCAGCAAAAUGUUACUCAGAGUAAUCUUUCUUCAACUCCCACUCUGCUUGAGUUCAAAUCUUAAGGGGGGAUGGUGUGUGUGUGUGUGUGUGUGUGGGUGUGGGUGUGGGUGUAUGCACACAUGGAUGCAUGCUGCUUUCAUUUCCUAGCUCUAAAAAAAAUAUCCACAAACAGGCACUAGAGAAAGUGCAACCCAGGGCUAUUUCUAGGCAUGACCGUCUAGCUAGAGUAGCUGCUUGACAUAGCCAGCAGGUGAUCUGUUUGUCGCUGACCUCCAUGACUUACAUGGGGAACAGAGUAGUACCCUUCUUUUUCAACUACUAAGCAUCUUCUGUUCCCCCUUCUCCUGGCUUCUGAUACAAUAAAGCAGAAAUAACCAGAAAUAACCAGAAGUGCAUGCAGUUAAUCCAUACAAAGCAACGCUAAAUUGAUGUAGUUGUUCUGAAGUUCAGUACAGAGAUUCCAGUUCCAAAAUAUUUCGAACUUAAGUUUAAAAAAACGAACUGCUCUUUAAUAAGUAACUAUGUUGGAUGGUAAAAAGAACAAACCAGCUGCUGAUUCUUCUUGACAGAUAUGUCUUAUAUUUUCACAGGCUUUUCGGGAAGACCUGGAAUCACUAAUUCAAGAGCAAAUGAAGAAAGGCAAUAACCCAACUGGAUUGCUUGCCUUACAGCAGAUUGCUGACUACAUUAUGGCAAGCUCUUUUGCAGGAUUUUCUUCAUCUCCUCUAAGUAAGUAAAAGGAUGUGCAAUUCAUAAUAAUUCUUUCUAAUAGCUAAAAUGACCUUUAUAGAGAAUGCCUAUCCUUGUUCCUGGAUUACCUUAUGGAAAACCUGAUCUUGAUAAACUGCUGAUAGAUUCACUUUUGCUUCUACUGAUUUCUGUUUGUGAUCACAUAUACAUGUAUAUAUGAGAUAUCAAAAAGAUCCAGUGUUCUGCUGCAUACAAGCAAUACCACUCCCUAUAACCCAGGUAGCCAAUGUACUGCCCUCCAGACGCUAUUGAACUACCACUUCUAUCAGCCCCAGCCACAAUGGCAGUGGUCAAGCAUGAUGGGAGUUGUAGUCUAGCAGCAUCUAGAGGACCACAUUGCCUAUCCCUGCUUUAACCUGUAGUUUGGAUUUGGCAAAUAUAAUGCUUUCUUUUUAAAAAGAACUGCUAAAUUAAUAGCUAUUUAUUUUAUUUUAUUGUUAAUUGAGGUAGCAGAAAAAUAUAAAAAGUGACAUUUUGUUGGGAAAUUCAGCUUCAGGUGGUGUUUCAAGUACCUGCCUGUGUCACCAACUCUGCCUUCUCUUUUGAAAGUCAGAAAAUGAACAUUUCUCAGGUGCAAAGUUCAGUCGUUUAAAUAUUAAAGGUUGUUGGGAAGGUAAUGGAAAUAACCCCGUUAGCAGUUUCCAGUUCAUUCUAAAAUGUGACUAUAUGGUUGCUUUGAAGAGAAUGUUCUAAUGGUUUUUUUAUAAUUUAGGCUCUGGAUUGGUUACACCUAUCAAUGACCUUCCUGGGAUAGAUACCACUACAUACGUAAAGGGCGAAAAACUUACUCGUUGUAAAUUAGCCAGUUUGUAUAGGCUGACAGAUCUGUUUGGAUGGGCACACCUGGCCAAUUCAUAUAUCACAGUAAGUACCCUGAAGUCAGCAUUUCUAUUACUUCUUUGCUAUAGGAAGAUAUAUCUGAGCUUUUCAGCCCUAUAAAUUGCAUAUUACCCCAGGAUUAAACAUACAGUUUUGUUAGCAUCAUAGUAACCUUUUCCUCUCAAUUUCCAGGUAAGAGUAAGCAAAGAACAUGAUCAUAUUCUUAUCAUUCCAAGAGGCCUAUCGUUUUCUGAAGCUUCUGCCUCCAAUUUGGUAUGUACUUAACAUAGGGAAUAAUGUUAUGCACUUAAUUAUGGAGAGUUUUGUUCUGUUUCAUUUGCUGUUGACCCAAAAGGAUAUUUCAGAACCUUUAGGGCAUACAGGCAUCCCCCCACUUAGGCGUGUUCUACUCACACAUAUAUGCAUGGAGCCAGGAAAUGAUAGAUAGAUAGAUAGAGAAAGAAAGAAAGAAAGAAAGAAAGAAAGAAAGAAAGAAAGAAAGAAUCAUACAAGGAAAUGGCAGGAGAGAGGUGGAGAGUCCUCAUGGCUCAUAAGCAGACCUUCCCCAGAGCCCAAAGAGGACGUCAGUGAGGGCAGAGGAAGCCCCAAAGAGACCUGAGGUGCAGCAGGGCUUUAUUUCGGCUGCUUAGCCUCCCCGCCCAACAGCUGAUGUGGGGGUAGCGCAGCAGUAACAGCCCCUUUACUGCUCAUCCUCCAUCCAACCCCAAAGAUUCAACUGGAUUGGACAGAGAGGUAGAGAGCAGGGAGAAUAGGCAUUUAGUGUCUCUUUAAAGGGGGUUUCACACUUUACAUGAUUUCACUUAAGCGCUCAGGGGCCUGGAACAUGGCCCCUGCAUGUGGGUCAAUGCCUGUAUGUGCCUAAUGUUUUUCUUUGAGCAAACAACCGAAACAAAGGUUACAUUUUUUUCCCUCAGUUGCUAAAACGCAGCAACUUAAUUGUAAGUGUCAAUCUUCAGGUUUCUAUUUAGGUUUCUAUUCCCUUUCACCUGCAGCUAUCUGCUGAAAAAGCACUUGCAUUUUUAACCACUCCUCUGCCAAAAUUUAUCUGCUGCUUCUUAGCAUAUGAUCCUCCUCCUUGUUCUCUGUUGUCUCUCCCACUCAUGUUUAUGCCUGAUCCUGUGCCUCUUAAGUACCUUAAAUGAAACUUGGCUGUUUGUAUCCAGGUGCGUAUAGUGGGAGAACAUGGAUGGAGUGACCCAGAAAGUCUCCCUGUACCUAAAGAAAUACUUCCUUAAGCAAAACAACUCCUAUUUGAGACAGUCUCCUUUAGAAAAAGGGUAGCACACCCAUCCCUGCCCCACAAUUUGAGCUUGGAGUUGGCACACUGAACAAUUUCAUCCGUUUUAUUGGGAAAUUGUAUUUUUCCUCGCUUAAGCCACUGUUAGGAAAUUCAACAUGCAUCACAUUGAGAAUGACAUAAUCAGAAAUGUAAUGGGAAUCUUAAUGGCUUCCCUCAUUGCAGCUGUUUGCUUCCCUUCCUACUUAUUUGGUGGCUGCAACAGCAGAGAAGUCUCUUGGAGGCUACAUUCCCUAUCUGGCAUUUUAUAUGCUGUGAUGGCAGUAAACCAAGUGUGAAAGUUGGCACCUAAGUCCAUUGUUUUGAUGUCAAAUGUCCUGAGGAGUGUCCUGGAAGGAAAGAGUCUGAGACUGUGUUUGUAGCAUGCAAGGUGACAGGGAAGCACAGGGAAGGUGCUUGACACUUAAGGCUUGGUAGUAAUCUGAGCUAUAAGAACUACUUUAAUAGGCACAGUAUUUGCUUCAUAAUAUAAAGGAGUAUUAAGAGCUUGCCAAAUCCAUAUUUGCAAGCAAGGUAAUUUACUAACUACAACAGCAUCACUAUUCUCCUUCUGAGGGUUUGUACUUUUCUCUUUAAUGUUUAUUAGACAACUGAGAGCUGAGGUACAACACAGCCGAUACCGUAUCACACUCAUUUAAAUCUUGUAGUAAUUCUAAAACUAUACUCCGUGUUUCUCCUGAAAGCUGAGGAACUAUAAAAGCCAACCUAUGUUCCUUGGUUACUCUCAGUCAGGAGUGAAAUGUAAUUAGUGGUGUUUCUCUGACUUGGCUUUUCAGGUAAAAGUAAACAUACUGGGAGACGUGGUUGACCAGGGAAGCACCAAUCUAAGCAUUGACAGUUCAGGAUUCAGCCCUCAUGCAGCCAUCUACUCCAUGCGCCCUGAUGUUCGAUGUGUGAUCCACAUACACACUCCAGCAACAGCAGCUGUAAGUCUGUUCUCUCCUUAAUGUGGCAUAAAGAUGUUCCAAUAGUACACCAUUACAGGAUUGACUGAAGCUCAGGACUGUUUUGUGUUGGGAAUCCUUGAAGCUCCAGCACGUCUAUUAAUAAGUUGUUGCUGCUCUUCAAGGUAUGGAUCAAGCACUCUUCUGACAACUUCUCAGAUGAUUACAAAUUUAAACAGGCACAAAAACAGCCUGUUGUUGCCAUUUGAUUAAUUCAUCUUGAGAAUAACACAAGUUGUAUAGAAGUGCUAUACUUUGUGCUCUUUUAUUUCUCAAAUUCUUGAGUCUGCUUUUCGUAUCAAAGUAGCUUUAUUCCUAUUAACUAUAAUGUAUACAAUACAUCAAAAUGUAUACAAUAUGCAUACAAUACUACGCUAGCUGCGGUUUCCAGACAGCCUUCAAAGGCAGCCCCAGUAGUCCAGAUAGAAGGUGAUUAGAGCAUUGACAACUGAGAACAAGUUAUCUUAGUCCAGGAAUGGUCAUAACUAGUAUCCAGUGUUUUCUUUUCACUGCCAAAGAGGUUCCUAUCUGCAGAAUAGAGAUGGAGGCUAUUUUUUGGAUUCAUUCUCUUCUAUGCCACCUUCUAUUCUGUUCUGAAGUAUCCUUUAACCCUCAAGAACAGGUUUUGGGAUGAGAAUGAUCGGUCCUAUGGGCUGAGUAUGAAUAUGCAACAUACACACACACACACACACACACACACACACACACUUCAUUGGCAGAAACAUCUGUUGGAUGAAAGAGCUUUGCAUGAGCAGAGGGACACCACUAGAUACAACCCUUGGUCUUUUUUUAGAACUCCCCAUUUACUUGAACUAUUUAAUUCUGAAACCAUCUGCCUUGUCCACAUUUGCUUCAAAAUCCAUAUGCUAGCAAUCCAUCCAUAAAACCCCCACAAUCUAUUGAUAGUCUGUUAUCAACUAGGUAGGAAUCCUUGUUCUCCUGAUUUUCAAAUAGUUGCAAACUAAAGUUAUUGAAUAGGUACUUUCAGUGUCACUUGAAAAAUUAAAGAGUUUUCACGUUCGUUCCAUGUUACAAGCAUUAUUUCUUUGAAACAGGUUUCUUCCAUGAAGUGUGGUAUACUUCCUAUCUCUCAGGAGGCUCUCAUUCUAGGAGAUAUUGCAUACUACAAUUAUCAAGGAUCUCUGGAUGAACCAGAAGAAAGAAUUCAACUCCAGAAAGUUCUUGGACCAAGCUGUAAGGUAUUCCACUCUAGUUAAUGUUUUUGUUCAAGGUUUCUAGUCUGGCUCAGUUUCUGUCACUUACAAGUGUCUCCAUUCCUUAGGUGCUGGUCUUGAGGAACCAUGGAGUAGUAGCGCUCGGAGAGACAUUAGAGGAAGCUUUCCACUACAUCUAUAAUGUGCAAAUAGCUUGUGAAACACAGGUGAGAGAGACAGAGAGAUGUGAAGCACUUUAAAUGCUAUAUAAAUGCUGGCUUCUUAAAAAUACUGUCUGUGUGUGAUUUAAUAGGACGCUUGCUACUAACAACUACUUACUGGAAAUCCAGGAGAGAAAAUGAAAUCUAUGUUUAACAUAUACUAGGAACACCAACAGUGGGCUGUACACAGAAAUUGCACAGCCCUUGUCCUAGUAUCUAGUAGUGGGUAAUGCACUUUGCAAGAUAGCUAUCAUGUUUGUACAUGUUAACAUAUUGAAAAGAAGAAUAUUAGCAUGUAUUUUCUUUCCAGAAAAUUCAAGAAGGCUACAUAUUCACCCUUCAAAUAGUACUUGGAAAAAUUUGUAAUUACUGAGUCCUUUAUGUCACAGGUACAUGCACUGGCUGCAGGCGGCGUAGACAAUCUUCUUAUCCUAGACUUGCAGAAGUAUAAACCUUUCACACACAAUCUGGUAGCAUCUGGAGGAGGAGGAGUUAAUAUGGCCUCUCAGUUCAAGUGGAAAGUUGGCGAACAGGAGUUUGAAGCACUGAUGAGAAUGCUGGACAACCUGGUGCGUUCAUCUGUCUAAUCUACAAGUUCUCAGUACUUUGAACAAGUUGCUCCCCAUAAGAUUGUUCCAUAAGAAAUUCUGUUGUCACUUUUUUCCUGUAAAUAAGAGACCUGAAAAAGAAAUAGCAACAUGAAGUAGGUUUAUAAGCCAACAUUCAAGUUCAAUUUCCAUCCAGGCUCAUGACAAACUCCUCCCAGACAAACCACAAGAGGUAAGCAGAGUGCAAACCUUGGCUACAGCUUCUGGUUUCUCUGGAGUGACACAGACCAGGAGCUUGGGUUCAGAUGUAACACUAAGCUAAACCAUGGUUGAGCUCUGAGUAGCCCAGAGGCAGCAGGACUGAGGAGGAGCUAAGUGGCGAUGAGUUUUCCAGAGAGUAUCCACACACUUGUGUGUCCAUGCUUAACCAUAGUUUUGUUUAGCAUUAUAUGUGAACUAGAACACACUUGAUUGGCUAAGGUAGUGAGGCAGUGGUUUGGUCCAUAAUAGAAAAUCUCUGAUCUCCUACCCACUUUUUAUUUAUUGGUCUCUGCUAUCUCUGUAUAAGGAUUUACUCACUUUCUGUGGGGCCUAUGAUGUGGAGCUACUGUGCUGCCAUACCAUACUUAUUCUGCAGUCUUUUAAAAUAAUUGUUUGGCAUUUAGUGUUAGGAUACCAAGGUGUUGAAACUGUUAACAUAUAUUGUCACAGUUUGAGUUGGGAUGGGGGGGGUGAGGUUGAAAUUUCCACCUGAAAAUUAAUUAUGUUUUAGGAUUAAUUUCAUGCCAAAGAUUUUAUUGUCCAGGCACAAUGUAUAAAAAAUUUUCCCCUCUUGCACAGGGUUACAGAACAGGCUAUGCUUAUCGACAGCCUCUUGUGAGGGAGAAGCCUAGGCACAAGAGUGAUGUUGAGAUCCCCGCCACCGUGACUGCCUUUUCCUUUGAUGACGAUUCAGUUCCAAUUUCCCCUCUCAAAUUCCUAGCACAAAAGCAGCAGCGGGAGAAGACAAGAUGGUUGAAUUCUCCAAAUACAUAUUUGAAAGUAGAUGUUCCUGAAGAAUCCCGGAAUGGAGAAACAAGUCCCCGGACUAAAACCACAGUAAGCAGCUCCCUAGUGAUGGGGGCAGAAUAUACCAAAAGGGGUGGGGUGGGAAUAGGCCCAUACAGUGACCUGUAUGACAGAAGUUAUGGUUCUAUGGUGGAUUCCAUGAAUGAGCUACAACUUUGAAAGAGCCAGCCUACUUUGAGAAACAAGGAAGUGCAGAUGGCAUAUUUUGACAGCAGUUCUGUCAUUAAUCAGACGGGCAAAUGUUGUCUCCAUCUUCAAAAAGAGGAACCCUUACAGUUCUAUGAUUCUGUGUUGUGGUAAAAAGAAUAGUAUUCUCGUGCACUGUCCCAAAUAUGGUACUUUAUUAUCUUCAAUUCCCUGCCAAGUUCAAGGUGCUGGUUUUGAUGCAUAAAGCCCUAUAUAGCUGGAGACCAGGAUACAUGAAAGAUGGUCUUAACCCUGUGCUCUGCAGGUGAAGGCCUCCUGCAGAAACCGUUAUCACUGGAUCGCCAUCCUGCACAAUGCAGGAAUUAGGCCUUUAGGAAUUCCCUCCCUGUGAAUAUUGGACAGAAGCCAUCUCUGCUGUGUUUUUAGCCCCUGCUUGAAGACUUGCCUUCUUCAGCAAGCCUUCCCCAGUCUGCAUCCGUAUUGGAUUUUUUAAAAAGUUGUUUUCAUUGUUUCCAACCCUGGGGUCCUUGGGAGGAAAGACAGGAUAUAAAUUUAAUAAAAUGAAUAAAUAAAAUGAAUAAUUUCCAGAGCGCAUGUAUGAAAAACAAGUAUUAUGCAAGCCAUCCGACCACAACAUAAAUUCAACUUUAAAAGAUCAGCUCCACCCAGUGGUGGCUUAACAAAUGCAACAAUGCCUUGUAGUUUCUAUCAGCAAUUUUCAUUAUGAGAAGUACUGCUUGAAAGGAACGAUAAAAAUACCUAGUUAGGAGGGAUAGUUAUCCAGGUAAUUAAGAAAUACAGUGGAUGUUCAGUCCUUCAUUAUAGUAUUUUUGGCAGUGGAAGUACUGUAGCAAGUAUCCUUGCUACAUCAGUAUUCAAAUGUCGGUCCUUUUCAGGUACUUAAUUAAAAAUACCUAAAUGCUAUUUAAGCUAAAGGACCAUUACACAUAUUGGUAUCUUUAUGAAAUGAUAUACUGAAAAGCUAAGUGGCAUGGCAAUGUAUUAUUAUUAGAUCACUUGGAUAAUUUAAUAUAAACCCCAUUGUCCUGAAAUGUCCCCUAGCCUUUACCAACUACUAAAUGGCAAUAUCCUCGCUUCCAAUAACAUUCUUCUUUAUUUCUCUUUUUCUUUCCAAGUGGAUAAAAGCUGAAGAUUCAUCUAAGCUUAGUGGAGGAACUCCAAUCAAAAUUGAAGAUCCAAACCAGUUUGUUCCAAUGAAUACAAAUCCAAGUGAUGUACUGGAAAAGAGGAAUAAGGUAAGGCAAGGCAGGUUUCUUGAAGACAUAAGCUUAUUUGCUUCUUGAAAAUAAUCAGUACCUAACUUACUCUGCUUGUUUGAGAAGCAUUAAAAACUGUUCAGUAACAUCUAAAAUAUAAUACAAUAUUAAAGGUAAAGGGACCUCUGACUAUUAGGUCCAGUCGUGACCGACUCUGGGGUUGCGGCGCUCAUCUCGCUUUGUUGGCCAAGAGAGCCGGUGUACAGCUUCCGGGUCCUGUGGCCAGCAUGACUAAGCCACUUCUGGCGAACCAGAGCAGUGCACGGAAACGCCGUUUACCUUCCCGCCGGAGCGGUGCCUAUUUAUCUACUUGCACUUUGAGGUGCUUUCGAACUGCUAGGUUGGCAGGAGCAGGGACCGAGCAAUGAGAGCUCACCCCAUUGUGGGGAUUUGAACCGCCAACCUUCUGAUCGGCAAGUCCUAGGCUCUGUGGUUUAACCAACAGCGCCAUCCGCGUCCCACAAUAUUACUGGUAGCCUAAAGGUAGCUUUAAGUGCAACAGGAACUUGCUAAAAAUGUCCUUAGUUUGGUUCUGAAAAAUUGCUUUUAAAUACCCAUCGAAAACCAUAUUUUGAUCAGAAGAAAAAUGUUUAAGGUGGGAUUUUCUUCUGUGCUAUCUUUAACAUUACACUAUUUUGGAGAUUCCUUCUUUUUUAGUUUUUAGAAAGAGCUAGCUGUUUCCACAAGAAAUAGCCUGCUGUGGUAGCCAGAAACCUAACGCUCUUCUGCCCGCUUGUUUCCCAGUGAGCCAAUGUAUUUAACAAUGGCAAUGAGGAAUAAUGACAAGAGGCUCUUUGUAAAUGCAGACUGCUGGCUGCUUUCACUCCCCAAUUCAUUUUUCUAUUUUCAAACUCAUUUAAGCUCCACCCUGGGAAAUUAUUGUCCUGCCAGAUACAAAAUGUUUCGUGCAGAAGUUCUGGGAAUUUCUUACUUCACAUCUGCUUGUAAUCAAAAGAGUUUGCCACUAUCCUGAGCAAGUCAACUUAGUUCAGAAGAGAUCACUCUUUCUUGGAAAAGAUCAGUGUCACUCAGACAUUGGCUUAGAAAAGAAUUAUCUGUUCUAGGCAUGCAACUUUCUCUGGCAAACUUGAGGUAGAGGAGAAGUGGGAAGCUAUGUUUCAGUUAACUUUCAUUGUGUCCCUAGCUGUGCACUAUGGAGCUGUAUUGUCAGUGCAGCUUGGUGCAACAGGAGAUAAAGAAUAAUUACAGAGGUUCUAUCUCGAUUUACACGUACUCUACUGACAACAUAAUCAGCAGCAUCACAAAGGAGGAGAAAUAACGUUAGACUACAGCAGUGCUGGGGCUUGACGUUGAAGCUGGGUCAUAAUAGAUAUUCUGGAACGAAAGAAGAGCAGGCUGAUAAUUUGCCAACUAAGAGAAAAUUCAACGCUGUAAAUGUAUAUGGCUUGCCUGAGAACUCCCUGCUUUUUAAUCAAACUUGCUACUCUUGAUUCCUAAAUCUAACUAUGUGGAACGGAAGACUAAAACACCAGGUUAAUAACGGCAUACAAUUUGGAUAUAGAUAAUAUUUCAUGCAUGUCGAAGCAAAAAUGUAAAUACACUCGACAUUGUCAUUUUCUAAAAUGGCUUUGUAACCAUUUUAGAGCAAAUUGACUAGAAUGAAAACAAAUAACAGUAAAGUAAUGGAUUAACUAUAGUAUCUGUUUUCUGUGACCCAUAUGAAGUUUGAGAUUCCUGAUACUUCAGUGUGUUUGUGAAAAGGCUUUUCAAAACCCUUCUGCUUUCCCCCCUUCCAGAUUCGGGAGCAAAAUCGGUAUGACUUAAAAACUGCAGGUCCACAGUCUCAGUUGCUUGCUGGAAUUGUAGUGGAUAAAAAGCCCAGUGCUGUAAGUGUUAUCCAUUGUCUGAGCUAAGCAUAUAACAUCUAAAGCAGGCUUCCUCAACCUCGGCCUUCCACAUGUUUUGAGACUACAAUUCCCAUCAUCCCUGACCACUGGUCCUGCUAGCUAGGGAUCAUGGGAGUUGUAGGCCAAAAACAUCUGGAGGGCCGAGGUUGAGGAAGCCUGAUCUAAAGCAUGUUCAGCAUUUAGUCACACCACAUUUUAUAUGAUUAUCUCCUUGCUUUUGUAAUACUCUUCAUACAAAGUAGAAGCAGGUUUUAAAACCAUGAGUCCUAUUUAAAAUAUUUGUAAAGAGUUUUUAGAGAAGCAAUAAUUUAUGUUAUGUGAUUUUUCACUGAAGAUAGGAUUGUUCCCCUGUUUUCAUCUUAAGCAUAAUACAUGUAUUAUGAGAUCAGGUGGACGACUGCUAUGGAAAUUGUCGGAUUCUUUAAAAAACAACACUGGCCAAGCUUUCUACAAGUCUUUAAAGUUUGUUUUGACUAAAACCUGGUAUUGAUUAAAGACCCUUUCUGUAAGUUCACUAACCUAGCAAUUGAAGCAAUUACCAUAUUUUUCUGUCUAUAAGACGCCCCCAUGUUUAAGACGCCCCUUAAUUUUGGGGUCUCCAUUUUAAGAAAAUGGGGGGAGAUGUAUAAGACACCCCCAAAUUUUUGACAUUAUUUUUUAGGGGGGGAAACCUAGUCUUAUACACAGAAAAAUACAGUAGCUCAGUUGGUAGAGUGUGAGACUCUUGAUGUCAGGGCCAUGGGUUUGAGCCCCAUGUUGGGCAAAAUAUUCCUGCAUUGCAGGGAGUUGGACUAGACGACCCUCAUGGUCCCUUCCAACUCUACAAUUCUAUGUUCUGCUGAUGGUUUUUGAAAAUGCUGCACUGCUUUCAGAUUCUUACUUUGAAGGAUCCUAUCACCAGCAAUAGGCUCAUUUGUAAUUGUUUAAUGUGCUUGUUUUUUGUAUUGCCUUUCUCCCCUUUAAUUUAUUUUAUUUUUUCUUCCAGCCAAUGCAGUUUGAAGAAGACGAGCAUGCCCCACCAGCCCCUCCCAACCCAUUCAGUCAUCUCACUGAAAAGGAACUGGAAGAGUACAAGCGGACAAUCGAACGCAAGCAACAAGGAGUAGAUGGUGAGUGUUCUGAUAAACUGGUGAUGGAAAAUAUUCAGGUAAAGAUUUAGUGAAGUUUAAAUUCACCAAAAAUGAUUUUAAAUUUUUAAAUUAAGAGCCAUUACAUUAAAUAAUAUCAAUGGCAGCUUCAAUAACUCCACUUUUUAAAGGCCUGAAUCUCUUCUGGCAAGAAUUUAUCUCUCACAACUUCCUUCUCUGUAGUGCUAUGCUGUGUUAUGACCAGUAAAAUAUUGAAUGUUAUUCGGCCCCUUUGAACCUACUUAGAUCAAUGGAUAUUAAAACAUGAAAUGAAUCAAUGUGAUUUGUAGUUCUAAGGGAAUCUAAUCUUGACUUGAUCAGGGGUCACUCCAUUCCAUGGAGCCAAUCCAUGCGUGCUCAGUAGUAUUGAAAGCCAUAGAGAGAUCAAGAAACAGGAGCAAGAUUGCACUCCCCUUGUCUUGCUGUCUGUAAAGGCAUCCAUCAGGAUGGCCAAAGACAACUCAGUCCCAUGGCCAAGCCUGAACCCGGAUUGGAAUGGAUGUAAAUAAUCUGUCCUCCAAGAAUGCUUGCAGUUUCCCAGCCACUGCACUCUCAACCACCUUCCCCAAGGAGGAGAGUAUUUACAGCUGGCCAAUAGUUGUUCCAAUCCAAGGGGGCCAGGGCAGUUUCUUUAGACUGGCUGGUCAUCUUUUUUUACCCUUCACCCACCAAACCCUUUGAACAUGCUAUUUUACUAGGGUUGCCAUAUUUCAAAAAGUAAAAACCAGGACACCCCAACAGUUGUUGAGCUUUUUUCAGAAUUGCCUAAGAUCCUCCGGAAAGUGCCACCUUUCAGAAAUCCUCCCCGGAUGUCAAUUCCACCUUUGAAAUCCUGGUAAUGUCCAGAAAAAUCCAGACGUAUGGCAGCCCUAAUUUUACUCUCACUACUUCUUGUAGUCUUGGGUAAAUUUUUAAACUGGACACUUGUUAAAUUUCAUAAUCCUAUAAAAGGGCUUAUAUGGAAAGGAAGGAUGGCAUCUGUUACAUAGUUGUAUUGCUUUCUCAUGUUGCUGUUAUAAGUGCAUGUCGGCAUCUGAAAACAAAGGAUUGUGUCCUUGCCUUAGAAAUUAGUAUCAGGUCAAUAGGGUAAAAGGUAAGUAUCUUUAAAUCAUAAUUUCUCAAGAAAAAACAGUCUGACAGUAGUAUUUUCUCUUGUCUUCAGUCUUGAUAUUAUUGCUAGCAAACUUCUAACUUGCCCAUUUCUUAUUUUUGAAAGCAUAAAGAUUCAAAGGUAAAAAUAUUGCAUUACAACCAAUUUUUCCACCCAUCUUCAUUCAAAGCAUCUGAUAAGGAACUUUAAUUGCUAAUUUGCUGUUGUCUAACACUAGCAUUUUCAGCACUAACGUUGCAUAGUUUGUUCUGUCUAUUUUGUAUAGUAACCAACGUAUGUUUGCAUGGAAUACUUCUAAAUAAUUGGGAUAAUAUACUAAGUUUGGGUUACUAAUAGGAUGAAAUUAGUAUAAUUAUAUGUGUUAACAUUAGUAUAAUCAGGUCAGUACUAGUGAAGUUGCUUGUGUUUUGUAUGCACUAACGUACACUGAUCUCCUUGCAUUUAUUUCAUUUUGGCAUGGCUUUUACUAACUCAAGCUCUUGUCCUACAGAUGCUGAUCAGGAAUUAUUCUCAGAUGACGGGUCAUCUGUUUCACAAAUUAAUUCUCAAACUCAGUCCCCACAAAAUGUCCCUGAAAAAGUAGAAGGUAUACAAUGUAAUGUCCUAUGCAGUAUCGUGAGUCUAUUAGACCCUUCCUUGCCAAUUACUUUUAAUUACUUAGAUCAGGAAAGGAAAAUAUAGUCAUCUUGCCAAUAUGUGAAGACUAUGAUUUAUUUUCUUGAGCUACAUCUUUUAAGAAUCCUUCUGGAUUUAUCAGAAGUUUAAAUCCAAUAUCUUCUCUCUAAAUAGGGUAGGUUUACCUAUAAUCUCAUUCAUUCUUCAGAACAGGUCACUUAGAGACAGUUUCAACGUCAUGUUGAUCUCCUGUUCCUGCAACAAUUUGUGUUCGUAUCAUUUGGAGAAAGCACUCCCAUUUCUUUCCCAGGAUUAUAUGUGUGCAUUGGCUCAUAAUACAAGGCUAACAUAACAGUCUAUGAUGUUGCUCUGUUGGAAUUGCUACUGCAUCAAAUUCUAUUCAGAUAUACUGUCUGUAAGUGUCCAGUUGUGGCUAGGACGUAGCUGAAAACCUUGAUUCCACACAUCCUACAAUUAAUAUAGCUAAUGGGUUACAUUCUGGCUUGUUGGUUCAAAUAAAACAUGGGGCAAGAGGAAAACACCGCUUUGUAGAUUAUUUUGCCUGGGAAAGUGGGAUAUAAAUACCUAAAGAAAAAUAAGAUAUUAGUAGAGGAAGGAGGGGAACUUUGCUAGUUAUUCUCUCCGUGUCCCAAUAUGCUGCUUGCAUUUUAGACCUGUGCAGAAUUGCUGCAUAACUGUCAGUAUAACAAAGAGUAAAAUGCCUCCGUUUGCUUUCUCUCUUUUUUUUACAGAAAAUGAUGAUUACCAACAGGAUGCUAACCUCGUCUCUCUGGAGAUGCCGGCUGUUGUAAUGAAUGGCAAAGAAGAUUCACAUGAUGUGGACGAGGAUCUUGCACACAGAGUCAGCCAGUUAACCACUAGUACUGUAGAGAAUGUGGAGAUCACCAUUAAGGCCUCUGAAAAAAUUGAGGAGACCCUUUCCCCCGAGGGCUCUCCUUCAAAAUCACCAUCAAAGAAGAAGAAGAAGUUCCGUACUCCAUCUUUCCUAAAAAAGAAUAAAAAGAAGGAGAAGGUGGAAGCCUGA